GGAAAAGGCGGGGCGGACAGACCGGUGGCAGCAUGGCGGACGCCGGGGAGAGCGGCGACGCGGUGCCGCGCUACCGGAACGGCUUCCAUCCCGACACGUGGGAGCAGGAGCUGGAGGCCAUCCCCAUGUUCAUGAAGCGCUGCCCUGCCGAGAUCGACGCGGCGCGGCAGCCCGACCUGGCCUGCCUGCAGUCCCUGCUGUUCGACGAGGAGAAGGAGCCCGCAGAGCUGGCCGCCAUGUACAAGAACGAGGGGAACGCGUACUUCGGCGAGAAGGACUACGGCAGGGCCGUGCGGGCCUACAGCGAGGGGCUGCGGCAGCGCUUCGGGGACGCGGAGCUACGAGCCGUGCUGCUGUCCAACAGGGCGGCCGCGCAGUGCCGCCUGGGUAACUACCGCUCCGCCCUUGCUGAUGCGACCCAAGCCAGGAAGCUGAAGCCCGACCACCUCAAAGCCGUCGUGAGGGGAGCUCUCUGUCACAUGGAGCUAAAGAACUACUCUGAAGCAAUAGCGUGGUGUGAGGAGGGCUUGCGAAUAGAUCCAAAAGAGAAAAAGCUUCUGGAAGCGAGAGCUAAAGCUGACAAAUUAAAGCAAAUUGAGGAGAGGGAUGCAAGGAAGGCAAAGGCAAUGGCAAAGAAGGAACAGUGUCAAAAGGAACGUUUGCUUGCAGCAAUAAAGGAAAGAAAUAUCAAGCUGGUUGUCGAACCUUCAAGUGAAGAAGAGGAAAUAUCAGAUGGUCUGGCUGAGAUAUGUCUGAAUGGGUUCCGCUCUGACAGUGCCACAGGGGCAAAGGUGCACUUGGAUGCCGAUGGCAACCUGAGCUGGCCUGUCCUCUUCCUGUACCCUGAGCAUGAGCAGACAGACUUCAUUGAGGCUUUUCAUGAGAACUCCAGAUUUAUCGAUCAUUUAAUGGUGAUGUUUGCUGAGUUACCUCCUUGGGAUUUAGAGAGAAAAUACCUUCCCAGCAAUCUCGAGCUUUAUUUUGAAGAUGAAGAAAGAGCAGAAAUGUAUGAGCUGAACCCAAAGCACACAUUGCUACAAGUGCUGCAGCACCAAAGGUAUUUUGUGAAGGCGGGGACUCCGGCAGUGCUGGCUUUUGUGAAGAGUUCUCCUUUCUCUAAGAAGUAUUUCAGUGGCAAGAAGGUGCAUCGGCUGUAACGAGCAAGAAGGAACCAAGGAAUCACGUGCAAGAGACUGCUGUUUAUCUCGGCUACAGACAGCAAACUUCUGCUUGCACAGAAAUGCCCUGCACGCUUCAGGGGAGAAAUAAUCUUGGCACACAGAGAAACUUCCAGCAAAGAAGCGUAGAAGGAGAAUGAAGGGCUUACAAGAGGGGAUUAUUUGUUUAAAUAGAAAUCCAGCUGGCUUGCAGAAGGUCUCCUCUAUGACAGGCUGCAUGGGGUUUUGAAAUAAACCUGAAACAGUGCCAAACGUUGGCUGCAGCUGAAGCAACAGCAGCUGGGAAUGUACUUACCUGUGAAAAAUUGCUGAUUUCCUGCGAGGUGGGCUGUAGCUGCCAGGGUUUAACAGCAGUGCUCCGGGGUGAGUACCUGCCUGCUGCCACAAGCUGAAUGCAGCUGGGCUCCUGCACGGGCCAUUGCAGCUCUGAGGAUUAGCAGCAGCUGGUUUUCACUGCUCAGAGCUGCUGCUGGCCAGAGGAGAGCAGAGCUCUUUGUGUGGAGCAGUGUGUUUUACUGACUCUUUUGCUACCCGUAUGAACUGGAGCUAGACGUGUCUAUUUUAAGCAGGCUGAUCCCUGCCUAAUAAAUGAAGCGAUCCUUUUUUCUCACCGUA